AUUGAGUCACACUUAGGUACGGUAUGUGCAUCCAUUCUUUGCAUUGCACUCCAGUAGCUCUCUCGCCUGGAAAUUACUGCGACGCCAGAUAUCCGCCUGCCUUUUCAGUGAUUGUUGGCCGGAAUCAUCAUAUCAAUAUUCAAGUUCAGACGAUUUAAUGACCGGAUAUCUUUGGCCUUGAUUGAAGGGACAACUUUGGUAGAUAUUGUGACGAGGGGCAUUUAAAAAAUUCGAGUAAAAGUAUCAACGGAAUCAUGGUUACCGAUCGUCAAAAGAAUGAUUUGCCUCCAAGCAUGAAAGACCGAAUGAUUUUUUACUCCAACCAUGGAGUCUUCGACCUGCGGGUGUAUACCAGGCUAGAGAGGGAUGCAAUUGAGCGUGCUACGCGAGGCCAAAGUGACAACGAUCUAUGGUCGACAUACAGGUACGGCUGCAUUGGCGCUUCUAACGUUGGUGGCGUCUUGCGCUUCAUGGGGUUUCAAGGCAAUCGACGAAGAGCAAAUCCAUGGGCUCUUGCUGGCAGGAUUAUCGGAAAUGGACGCUCACUGAAGCAUCUUCCUCAGAUUGCUCGCGGUUAUGAAAUGGAGCCAGUGGCAAGAGCAAAGUAUGCCGAACAUCAGCAGAAGAGAGGUCACCAAGAUAUUGAAGUCAAAGAGUGUGGAAUGUUCUUCCAUCCGAGGAAGUCAUUUUUGGAAGCUUCAACUGACGGUCUUGUAAGUUGCAAAUGCUGUGGCGAGGGACUUGUUGAAAUCAAAUGCCCAAGCACAGCCCCGACGGAGAAGCCUUCGCCACUCAACGAGAAGUUCCUCAGACAGGACAAGAGAGGUAAGGUCCAACUGAAGAGGAACCACCCAUACUUCGACCAGAUCCAAGCGCAACUGGCAGUGACAGGGAAGACCUGGUGUGACUUCUUUGUCUACAAAGACAACGGGGUAUUCCUUGAGAGGAUUGAACGAGAUCCACAGUGGCAGAGAUCCUUCUUAAUGAUGAUGGACCGGUUUUUCUGGAGGUUUAUUGUCCCUGUCCUGGUUAGCCGGGCCAUCCGCUACAAGGAGGCAGUGGUUCGUAAACGGUACGGCUGCCCUUAUUGUGGAGAACCAAGCCACAGGGUUUCCUUCUGCUGGUACUGGUUUCCAUUGCGCUGCCAUAAUUGUAAGAACCUUGGGCAUAAGGAGAGAGUUUGUCCCAAAGCUUAAGAAUGCUUUCUUACGCCCAAGCAGUA